AUGGAAUUCCAUAACAUGCGGCAACUGGUGGAUUCGGCCGACGAAGGGUGCCAUCUCUGCAGCCUGAUCUUGUUAGAGAUCCCCCCUUCUCAACGGGAGAAGUAUUUGGAGGAUCUUGAACGCGACGGAGACGGCGAGCCUCAGAUCGUAGCAGUGGUCUGGUAUUAUAGAUUCCCAGAUGAGCGUCGUCCUCCAGUGCCAUACCUGAGGAUCGAGGAAGCAAAACUGAGACCACCGGUUGUCAAUCGCGUCAUCAUCUGCGAAUUCCAAUGCCACCUACCUGAGGAUGAACGUCAGAUGAGGCGGCUUCUGAAGCAUGUGCAACCAUUCACGGGGUCUUGGGAGACCUUCAAUGACAUACAUUACUGGCUGAGGGAGUGUGAGAACGUACAUACCAGAUGUGCACAAAGACGGCAGGAGCGACGGUGCCAGCUGCCGACUCGAUUGCUACAGGUAGGAGCUUUUGAUCCGGGUCCUCGGGUAUAUCUACGUCAGUCUUCUCAGAUCCUCCCGGACUCACGAUAUGCGACUCUUAGCCAUUGCUGGGGUCAGAAUAUGCCGGUGAAGCUGGAACAGAGCACGUUACAAGCUUUCUCUGAGGGACUCGAUAUCGCCUCACUACCACGAACGUUCCAAGAAGCUAUUGGGCUCACAAAGGCUCUCGGCAUAGACUACCUGUGGAUUGACUCUCUUUGUAUCAUUCAAGACAGUCCAGAUGACUGGGCGUACGAAUGUACCCGUAUGUCGUCUGUCUACAUGGGUUCAUUUGUCAACAUCGGGGCGAAUGUAUCAGCAGACUCCUCCGGAGGUCUCUUCUGCCAGAGAUCCUGGAAAUCGGUAAAUGCUCUCGCUGUGCGUCUGACAUACCCACCCAUCGGGUGGCAUCGCAAGCCAGUCAUUCUGUAUCCGAAGGGAGAAGGCAAUAUCCUCGACCAUGCACCACUAGGGAGCAGGGCUUGGGUUGCUCAAGAGCGCCUUCUCGCGCCCCGCACGAUCCACUUUCUGCAGCACAAGGUCGUGUGGGAGUGUGACGAAUGCAUGGCAUCCGAGUCCGACGUGACCGGGCGGCUUGAGGGGAAAUACUUCGUCAAGAGGACGUACCUGGCCCGGCCUACAGCGACGAAUGAUAACCACGACCAAGCCCGAACCCGAUUCCUGCACACUUGGGCCGACAUCGUCAGCUUUUACAGUGCGGGAAGACUGUCCGUGGCAACGGACAAACUCAUUGCAAUAUCCGGUGUUGCCAAAUAUGUGCAGAGCACGCUCUCGAGCGACCGGUCGUUGCAAUACUACGCAGGGCACUGGGGCCACAAUUUUGAAAUGCAGUUGACAUGGUCCGCAUCCUGCUUCAGCGUUGGCAACAGGCUGCCGACAUAUAUCGCUCCAUCAUGGUCAUGGGCAUCGUACAAUGGCGCGGUCUUGUUUCCGCGUCCCUAUCGGAGAACGUUAUGGGCGACACUCGUCGAUAUCGACGUCCAUCCUGUAUCAGACCCAUUUGGCGCGAUCAGGUCGGGCUCCAUCCGCAUGCGUGGUCCUUUGUGCAGAGCUGUCCUGCCGGAUACAAGGGUGCUCGUAGACGAGGAGAGACCCAAAACACUCAGAUUACUUGGAUCUGAUGCCGAGAUCGAGUGUGUUGACCUGAGUUUCGACGAUGAGGUUAGCGAACCGGAAAUGGCCGAGGAUGGUGCGGAACAACAAACCCAUCUCGUCAUGUUUGGCAUCAUGCAAGGCGAGGAUACCGAUGAUAGACCGUUUGAAGGAAUCAUCCUACGCCUGACUGGGCUACAACCGGGCCAGUACAAGCGUAUUGGUGCCUUCCGAGUCGAUGACCUCGUCCCCCGUUCGCUAGAAGAGCAGCAAACGCAGGAGCGGAUAUACGCUAUCUUUGGGGGCGACCCGCAAGAAUUCGAGCGGGAUAACUUUGGAGCGUUGAGAGAUGAAUUCGAUGCUAUGGACAUGCCCGAACAAUAUUUCGAAGAAAAGGGAGACGAUUGGUAUGAGUUUACAAUCAUUUGA